ACGGACGCGCCGCUCGUGGCCCCGCCCCUAUAUAAGGGGCGGCCUCAGCGCGGCCCUGAGCGCGGCCGCCGCCUCUCCCGCAGCCGACCCGCGCACGGGCACCAUGGCAGACCAGUCUUUUGUGACUCUAGCCACAAAUGACUCCUAUGUGAAAGGAGCACUGGUACUUGGUUCAUCCUUGCAACAGUACAGAACAACAAGGAAGCUGACUGCGCUCAUAACUCCUCAGGUCUCAGAUCUUAUGAGGAGAGUGCUGGAAAAGGUCUUUGAUGAAGUCAUAUUGGUAAACGUCUUGGAUAGUGGGGAUUCAGCACACUUGGCAUUAAUGAAAAGACCUGAGUUAGGUGUCACACUAACAAAGCUUCACUGCUGGGAACUGACACAGUUUACGAAGUGUGUUUUCAUGGAUGCAGACACAAUGGUUUUGUCAAAUAUCGAUGAGCUUUUUGAGAGAGAGGAGCUGUCUGCAGCACCAGAUCCAGGCUGGCCUGACUGUUUUAAUUCAGGAGUUUUUGUUUACCGACCUUCUAUUGAAACAUACAAUCAGCUGUUACAGUUUGCCACAGAGAAAGGCAGCUUUGAUGGUGCAGAUCAGGGGUUAUUAAACACCUUCUUCAGCAGCUGGGCAACAACAGACAUGAGCAAACAUCUACCAUUUAUUUAUAAUUUGAGCAGCACUUCUGUAUAUUCCUACCUUCCAGCAUUUAAAGCGUUUGGUGCAAGUACUAAAGUGGUGCACUUCCUGGGAAGCACAAAGCCAUGGAACUACACAUAUGACUCCAGAACAAAAAGCAUAAAAGGCAACAUGGACGACCCUAAAAUAGUUCACCCAGAAUUCCUCAACAUGUGGUGGGAUACCUACAUAGCUGAUGUUUUACCAUUACUAGAACAGCAUGGAAUUGUUAAAGAAACUACUACAGGUGUAAACAUGCUAUCGGGCUUGGUCUAUACUCUGGCUUUCUCUUGUGGCUUCUGUAGAGAGGCAGAGGUUACAGAGGCAGUGUCCCACUUAUCAGUAUCACCAGUAUUACCAACUGAAUCUUCAGAAGAACGCAAGGAACGGUGGGAACAGGGCCAAGCUGACUAUAUGGGAGUGGAUUCCUUUGACAACAUCAAGAAGAAACUUGACACCUACCUUCAGUAGAAAUGCCUGUCUCAAACAGUGGUGAUGCAAGGACUUGUUCCAGAACUAACAGCUAGAAAGGUAUAGAUGGUGGUCAGUUACACUUGCUAGUAGCUUGAUGAAAAACUUCUUGGCUGAAGGCCUCUGCAGUGCUACAGAUGAACACUGAGCAAAAGCUAGGAAGCAGAAUUCCUUGGGCCACCUAUUACUGCCCAAUUUCCAAUUCUCCCUACUAGAUAAAACCAGGUAUUUUCAGCUUAAAAUUUCUUCUGUUGUGAUCAAUUGGCUCAAGAUAUUCUCGAAACUGGGUUUGUUGCCUCACCUCAUUAAGGUGAUUAGCAUUGAUUCCUUUGCUUGCUGUUUUAGAUGUAAAAUCUAAUUCAUGAGAUUGCUCAUACACUGGAGUGGUAGCCGUUCUGCUUUACCAUAAAUGUAUUAAUGACACUGGGAUACAUACGGUUGUAACAGUAAUAGCACUGCUUUGCUCUUCCAGUCACAAUUGCACUGAAAUUUUGACCAGGUUCUUACGCACAGUGCCUACAGCAUGGCAGAAUGCGUUUUUCAGUUCUGUAUACUAUGGGACUAGUAAACUGAGUUUUAUCUGUUCCUUGCAAUGUUGCACUUGAUACAAAAAUAAAAAGUUGUCAUGCA